GCGCUUCCUGCUGCAGGCAAGGCAAGGCAGAGAGGAAGGAAGAGCCUGAGCUCUCCUCUCUGCUGUGUCGACUUUGUACUGUGGAACCUUUUGCUUGCUUGACCUGUAUGGAAGGAAAGGAAAGCCUUUGCUGAGUCGUAUUGCGCUUCGGGAGUGCUUGGUCGAUUAACGAGGCUCUCACCCAGUUUUUUUUCCUCCGAUUUUAGAAACUUUUUUUUGGUGUUGGGGGCGAAACGGGCAUCGGAAGGGGGGGAUUUGUGUUCGUUUGGGACAAAAAGGUUCGGUUUUUUGGGGUUUUUCUUUUUUCUUAUUAUUUUUUUAUUUUUUGCGUCGUGGUUCGUGUUCGUCUACGCGGAGUGGCAUUUUGGUUUGAGUGGAAGUAGGAGCAGAGGUCGCGAGGUUUUAUUAUUGGGAUUAAAUUGAUUGGCUGUCAGCGGAGCAGAGUUUGUUGAGGUGCGCGUGCAGCUGUUGCAUUUUAGCGGGAAGGUGUGGAACGCAGGGACGGAAAUAUGAUGGCGGAUUUUGAUCUCAUGGAGCUUGCUCCGGAACAGGAAGAUCUUGCUUAUUUACAUCAACAAUUGUUUUCGACUGCUACGGAAGUUGUUACGGGUGGAGCAGAAGAGCCAACCAUUGUUGUCCAACAGACUACAGCUACCACCGUCAACAUAGUGCACGACGGGAAAUACGGGAACGGAAACACUGCUCCCGAACACAAGGAGGAUGACAUGCCAGUGAUGGUUCACGGAGAAGGGGAAGCUUUAGUUGGGCGGUCAGUCGUGAAAAAAUUUCGAAGGACAAAGUAUUCUGGAAAGGUUACGGCCUACGAUCCAGAGUGCAAAUGGUACAAGGUGUCCUACGAGGACGGUGAUGAAGAGGAGCUCGAGUAUAAAGAGCUUGCACAACUUCUAGUGGAGGCUGGUGAAGCAGAAGCAGUGAAAGCCGCAAAUUUUAGGAAGAGAGCUGCUCCUGAGAUCAAUAGUGAUUCCAAGAGUCCUGCCAAGAAACUUAAAGGAAGGAAGCCUACCGUUGAAAAGAAACCUGCCAAGGACAAUUCUCAGAAGGAAACGAAAUCACCUAAAGUUUCCAAGUCGCCAAGGUUAUCUAAGAAGACGACGCCUAAAAAGAUGGGAAAUGAAAAGCUCAAUGCUUCUGAAACUCAUUUAUCUAAGAAGAAGAAAGUCGCUGAAGCAAACACUCCGAAGAGAGGAAGGGGAAGACCAAAGAAAGAUACAUCUCUUGCGAUCAAGCCUAAAGUUAGUGGAAAGGGAAGUGGUGUUCGCCUAUCAAAGAGCAAACUGUCAACACGGAAGACCACUCCAGUAAAAGGUCGAGGUGAAUCAAAACCAGGCCGACCUCCACGGGCCAAGGGUGCAGUAUCACCUGCUCUCAGAAAAUCUCUUUCUCUUAAGGAAGGUGUCCAACUCAUCGGAGCUAAGACAAAGAAAAAGUUUGAUAACGUGCUCUACGAUGGAGAAGUAAUUGGAUUCGAUCCAAAAGUGGGAUUCUACAAGAUCCGCUAUAGUGACGGGGACAACGAAGAACUUACAUUGAAGGAGCUGAAAAAGACACUGGUGGAAGAUCAGGCAACUCCCAAGAGAAGAGGUCGAGCUAAAGAUGCUCCAUCUUCAGCAAAAGCUGGCGGAGAGCCUCCGAAGAAGAAGCAAAAAGUCAGUCUACCGAAGAAAGAUUCUGUGAAAGUACAAAGUCGUGCCAGAGUUGGAACCCAGCCAAGGAAACGUGGACGUCCUGCUAAAGCAAAAAGGUAAAUAAGCGAUGGUUGAAUUCGGAGGGGCCAGCAAUUUGAAGACUUUCUGUAUAGAGAUAGACUUUACUGUAUCGGGGAGAGGCGUCUGUGCCUGAGGUCUCAGAUGUUGGGCUUUGCCUGAAUCAUGCAUGUAGCAUUAGGAGCCUCAGAGGGAUCCUAGAUUCCUCAAGUGGUAGUGGAUGUGUUCAAUAGAGCUUUCAUUUCCAGGGUGUUACAUGACUGAACGCACGCCACAACCACUUGUGGCUCUGGGUUCUCAGCUUUAUACGAUGCGGAACAAGGAAGCUUAGAAGGCUCUAGGGAGGGACUAAUGGCUGCUAACUCUUCUAGCCAGGCUACAGAAAUGGGCUGGUUAGUCUGUGUACAUGGUGAACAGACUUCUUUAGGAAAAUUGGCAUAUUUUAGGCCUGUCUCUUGUUAAGAUUGCCAUGCAGCCAACAGGAUCCGACUCUUUUGAAUAAACUUAUUGUGAAUUGCUAUAUAUUAUCACUAGUUUGGUUU